AUGUUAACCACAGCGAAAAGGUAUAAUGUGAGCUUCGCCGCGGUCAAACUCGAUAACCAGAUGAAGAAAUCCUUACCCAUCUGGUACCACCUCGGAGCAACCAAGAAACUUAGACGUCUAAACAACACAAACGUCAGCAACUGUCUCCGGGAUAAACACGGGAUAACGUAUGUGGCGGAUCUCCUCGCCCCGACAAGACGAGCGUGCUAUAUCGAGGCACUUAGAGUAUCCAACGACUUCCUGCCGACCUCCUGCAUAUGCACGGACUGCGAACGGGACAAGGCCCACGGAUGCAAGCACCCCCUAAGAUGCUGCAGAGGGGCCGCGGAACUACUCGCCCAAGUCCGCCCCAAGUGGAACCCAACCACGGAUACUACGCCAGACGGACUGUCUCUGACAAGGAACAGGAAAACCGCGAACCAAAAGGCCAUCCAGGAGAACGGAGAUGUCCUCUUCGACCCGUCACUAACAACAAGAGGCCCCUUGGAAGAGGCCUUCCGAGUGUUCGUGAAUCCAGACACCCACGACAACCCACCAGCAAUCCGAGAGAGAAGAGGACGCAUAGUGAACGACGGGGAAGUCACGGCAUACGUACACGGA